GUCACACUGAGCUUAGUUCAUCAUAAUCCACAGGGAGCCCGAGGGCACCGAUGGCAGUUCCUCUUCACGUUAUCAGUGCGCGUAGAUAAGGAAGAUGAUCUCAUGAUGAUCUCACCAUCUCUUAAGGCGCUUUGAUAAGAUAGAUUGUCAUGCAGGCCACUAUAGUCCAUCAAAUGUAGAGGAGAGUGGCCUAUAUAUAUGAACUAUCUCUUCGCGUUAAUUGUUUUAUCCAACCUACCUUCAAGUUUGACCUACCUCGCCAAGUAAUUACAGAUUGGCUCUUGACUUUUCACUAUGCCUGUCUACGAGUGUAACCGACAAUACAAAGAGAAGAUUCUCUAUCCCGGUACCCCGGACUACGAGACAUGCAGACGCAACAAUCCUAGUGGAGAUGCUCCUGAUAAAUAUCCUGCAGAAAUUCACGUGGUUCAUGAUGUUGAAGACGUUGUGUUUGCAGUGCGGCGGGCGAAUGAGUUGAAGAAAGAUAUUGGUAUUCGAUCAGGCGGCCAUACACUGUCUAACGGAGCCCUCUUCACGGGCAUUCUCAUCGAUACCACUCACCUCAACCGAAACGUGGAAUACGAUUCAGGCACUCAUGAUAUCACUUUCGGCCCUUCGGUGCGGGUUCAGGAAAUUGCUGAAAAGCUGCGCGAAAUCAAUCGUUUCUACCCUCAUGGCCACUGUCCUACUGUCGCAGCUGGUGGCUUCCACCUCGGUGGUGGGCAGGGCGUAGGCAUGCGAGGCACAGGCCCAACUUAUCGCGACUGGUUAACCCAACUGGAAAUCGUUGUGGCUGACGGUCGCGUUGUGAUUGCAAGCGAGAAGGAAAAUUCCGAUUUAUUCUGGGCUGCAAGAGGAUGCGGUCCUGCCUUCUUCGGUGUCAUCACGAAAUUUUGGGGAAAAACCACUCCUCGAACAAAAUGGUGGGGCCAGCAUACUGCUUUCGACUUAGGGAACAACUACAAACCUCUCAUGAAAUGGUUUAUUGAGCAGUCGAAGAAGACGCCGAAAAAGGUAACCGAACUCAACGCUGGCAUCUUCUAUCCCGAAAAGGCAGCUGCGAAGAGUCUUCCAGACAAGCCUCCCGCUGAGGCGAAACUCACCUUCAUCAUCACAAAUAUUGCCCUCGCUGAUACCGAGAGCGAAGCGAAGGGAAUGCUAGCUGCUUAUGAAGACAUUCCAACUGAGCUAAGCUCGUCCGUACUGGAGUCAUCCUUUAAAGAAUUGGCCUUGGAGGAUAUGUGGGCCGAACAGGACAUGCUGUGGUCUAGCGACAAUAGUGAGUAUUGGAGGUUUCAGAGCCUUUGCACGGACGAAUCGGUGGAUUUAGAUAAAUUACUUGAUGCUACCGAACCAAUCCAAACGGAUAUCCCCACGCUAAGAUCGGUUUCCCUUGUCGUCAUCCCUAACUGGGAACCAAACGAGGAAGCUUGCGCAUAUAGCGUGCCAAUUCAGCUGUACCUUUGCUCAUUCGCGGGUUGGGCUGACCCAAAUCUGACACCCUUAAUGAAAGAGCACUGGCGAUCUCGAUACAAGAAGUUGUUGCCGUUCUCGUCCGGGAUGUUUCCCGCAGACUACGAUGUGACUAAUGAUGAAGGAAAUUCCACACCAUUAUCCAACACCGCUCUAACACGCUUCAUGGAUGUUGGUAAGAAAUGGGACCCGCAACAGUUAUUCCCGGCAAGGAACAAAUAUGUCUCGACUUCUGAGAAAAUGAAAAAUUUAUGGCAGAAGUCUGACUUGGGAGAACUGUGAUGUCGCUUCUGUAACGAGCACUUGUUAACAUCAUGCAUCCCCAUCCGGCUAGCUUCAUCACAUGACUCUCUCACUCCCCUUGUUCUUUAAGUUUAAUAUCGUUAGUUCAAUGCACUUGUUCCUUUACAAGCUGGCAUCUAUUACAGCUUCAGACUAAUGAUAUCUGCAAUGAGACCGUGAGGUUGUCCUCCUAAUCAAGUCGGUCUUCUUUCUAUUCGACAACAAUGAGCGGCCUCGUUGAGAUGCUUCAACAUGGAGCUACUGCCCGAGCAAAAAUGAAUAUUCUAGAUAACAGAAACUAGUGGCCGCAUACCCAUGAAAUGGCAACAUAUACGUUUUCUGCGCUUCUAUAUUCCUGUAUAAUAUCUCGGCUGUGAACAGCUCGAGUUAGC